CUCAAAAUCAACCAUGUCAAAUUUAACAAGUCAAUUUCAUCUUCUCCUUUUCUUUUCUAUUCCGAUUGCUCUCACCACAGCUCGAUUGGGUAGAUUGGAGGUGCGGUCUAACAAAAAUGUUGCAAUGUUUGUAUUUGGAGAUUCAGUCUUUGAUCCUGGGAAUAACAACUACAUCGACACCAGCAUUGGGGGCAAGGCUAAUUUCCCUCCUUAUGGGGAGACCUUUUUCAGGUACCCAACUGGAAGAGUUUGUGAUGGUCGAAUACUUCCCGAUUUCGCCGCCGCAUAUGUAGGUUUACCUUACUGGAGACCAUACUUAGACCCAGAUAAUCAUAACUUUGUUGUUGGAGCAAACUUUGGCAGUGCUGGUGGAGCCGUGCUUGUUGAAACUAAUCCAUAUACGAUCAACCUUGAACUACAAGUAUUCUACAUGAAGAAGGUAGCAAGUUUGUUGAAGGAGGAGCUGGGAGAUGAAAAUGCAAGUGAGUUAUUGAAGGGAGCCAUCUACCUAAGUAGCUUAGGAGGAGUUGAUUACAUGGCCUUCUCAAAUUCUACCUCUGAUCCUACUGAAGCUGAGAUGGAAGCUUACGUAAAAAUUGUCAUUGGCAACAUAACAAACGCAGUGAAGGAUAUUUAUGCAUUGGGUGGAAGGAAAUUUGCAUUCCAAAAUGUUGGACCACUGGGUUGCCAGCCAGAAAAUAAACAGUCAUACAACACUACUGGUUGUGUGGAACUGCUACAAACUUUAGCAUCUAUGCAUAAUGACGUUCUAAAUACUGUUGCUGAGGAGUUAGCUAGCGAACUACCAGGAUUCAAAUAUUUAAUAUAUGAUUACUUCACUACAGUAAUGGAAAGAACAGAGAACCCAACAAAAUACGGUUUCAAGGAAGGGGAUAUUGCAUGCUGUGGCAGCGGUACUCACCGAGGCGACGGUUGUGGCUACCUGACAGUAGCAUAUGAACUGUGCAGUAAUCCUAAUGAAUAUGUGUUUUUCGAUGGCGGUCAUCCUACCGAAGCAGCCAACAUUCAGUUAACUGAGCUGUUAUGGAAUGGAACAACAAAUGUUACUUGGCCUAUAAACUUGAGCCAACUUGUUGAACUCGACAGUACUGAUGUCAAGGUUUCUACCGAGAACGUUGAUAUUUUGAUUGAUCAACGAGUUGCUUCCGGUCGGGUAUCGAAGGCAAACGUGUAGGAUAAUAAAUUUCAAGGUUUGCAGGAGGAAAUUAAUUAAAACUUAUUUUGGGAAGUAAUUAAGUUGAUGCUGUUAUUGCCGAGUAUGAAAGGAUAUUGCCCGUUAAUAAAAGGAUAUUUAUGUU